GUCAGUGUUCAUCCUGUCGCCAAACCGAGCGAGACUCAACGGAUGCUAGAUCGCGAGUACCGCCAGGCCGUUUCCCUGCAGCAAAAUAUCGUCGAAAAAGUACAGCUAUGGCACAACGAAGAGUUGCCGGAUCACAUAGAACGUGUAAAAGCCUUUACAAAGCGUGUUAUCUUCGAGUAUAGCAACAUGGCUUCGAAUAUAGUACCAAUCUGUUCCAAGGCGGUCGAUUCUACAGAGGAAUUCCUGUGCUCGAAUGCGAUCGAAUCAAGCGAUGAGCGCCGCCUUUCAGAGAGUUGGGACAAGCAUCUCCAGCCAGUCUCCUACCACAAUUUCGCUUUGGGUGCCAAGCAAGCUCGACCAAUAUUUGGGAUCGAUUCCACCCCAGAGUUUGUGCUUAUGGCGUUGAGUAGACUACAGAAAGAGGAGGGAGAGGCGG